GACGCACACGUAGAACCAGGAAGUGAAGAGCGCUCUCCUCUUGGGGGGGGGAAUCGUCAUGUAGUGUUUUUGACUCUGCUGUUUGAUCGGCGACCGUAAACUGUGCUGCUUUAACACCGAUAUCUCAGUGUGUUUGUGGGUCUCUCUUCCAUCGCGCGCAUCUGCCAUCUCUCCAUCCAGAUCAUCAUGAGCCGCAGCCAGAACCCCCCCGCCGCGCGGGGCCAAGGGGCCGCCAGAGCCAAACAGAUGGGGUUGCUGCUGGACCUGACACCCGAUGGAGGGAUGGAUAUAGAUGGUAAUGAUGCGGAGUUGGAAGCUGAGCUCCUGUCUCUUAUGGGAAAAGAGGGGCCACGUGGCAAAAAGCCAGCUGGAAGAGCUCCGGUGCCUAUGGCAGACAUAGAGCGCAUGGCUGCACUUUGCAUGAAGGACCUUGAUGAAGAGGAGGGGGAUGAGGAUGGUGACCUGGAGGGUGAUGCUGACCUCUUGGUAACCUCAGGACCUUACAGGUUUUUUGCAAUACUUGGUACCUUUUCCCCCCAGAAAAACAGCCAAGCUAACAAGUUUUCACCACCACAGGCGGAGCUGAAUGAGGUUUUGGAGGAGGAGGAUGGAGAAGAGGAACAGAAGGUGGCCACACCUCCCCAGGGGAAGACUCCUCCUCGCCCCUCCCCGACAGCCCCUAGUGGGCCAGAAGGGCUGGAGGCACGUCUCACUGAGCGCGUUGCCAUGUAUCAGGCGGCAAUUAGCAAUGCCAAGGAAGCGGGGGAGACCAGCAAAGUACGGCGAUACGAUCGAGGACUGAAGACCUUGCAGUCCAUGCUGUCAUCCGUCAAGAAGGGAAAACCAAUAAACGAGGAGGAAAUUCCUCCCGCUGUUGCCGCAGGUGGGAAACCCACGACAGUCCCCGAGAAGGAGCCAAUCAUGGAACGGCCGCCACUGGUUCUGGAGCCUGCCAGUGCAUCACUGCCCAGUCAGAAACCCCCACCGCUGGAAACUCCACCCAAGCCUCAUCUCCUUGUGCCUCCACAGAAGAGUCUAGCUGUGACCCCAGACACACCAAUCAUCUCCCCACUUACCCCAAGUCAGCCAGACUCAAAUCUUUCAGAGGCAAAACGCCUAGUGUUGAGCAGGCAGAGGGAGUACAAGGUGGCCGCUAUCCAAGCCAAACAGAGUGGCGACGUGGAACUGGCAAAGCGUCACUACCUGACAGCUAAGAAAUUUGACCCAAUUGUACAGGCGUUGGACAAAGGGGAGACCGUGGAUAUCGGCACUCUUCCACCCCCUCCUGGAGAUGUGUUGGUUCGAAGCCCUGCUCCACCCCCUCAGUCUUCCACCCAGCCUCCUGCAUUAUCCCCUGUAGCGCCCCCAGUGGCCGAUUCUGCACCUGCAGCUCUACCGGCACCCCGCAGCAUAGGGGAGGCAUUGCAGCAGAGAAUGGAACGUUACCAGGCAGCUGCUGAGGGCGCUAAGACCAAAGGGGAUGACCGCAAGGCACGUAUGCACCAGCGCAUCGUCAAGCAAUACCAGGAUGCCAUCCGCGCACACAAAGCGGGACGUCCGGUCAACUUGUCUGAUCUCCCCGUGCCCCCUGGGUGCCCCCCGCUUCAGGGGUCAGAAGGAGGAGAGCAGAACUUCAUGGGGGUGCUGGAGACUGCCAUGACGCUGGCAAAUCAGGAUGCAGAUGCUGAGGAUGAAGAAGGCCCAGGGGAGGAGGUGGCCAAGCCAACAGUGAGACCAGCUGCCCAAAGGGCCAAAGCACCAGCACCCCCCACACCUGGCGCGGGGUCACCGGGGUCGGCAUCUUCCCCCAAUCAAGGUGUCAAGCUGGGGCCUAAAGCUCAGCAGCAGCUGGACUUCCUGCUGAUGCGCAGGCAGCAGUUUGUGCGUGCCGCCGUGCGCUCCAAGCAGAUGAAGGACCUGCAGGGGGCGGCGCUGCAUCUGCGCAACGCCAAGGGCCUUGAUCAGAUGAUCACUGCUGCCAAGGGCGGACUGCCCGUUGACAUCAGCAAGGUGCCCAUUGCUCCAGUGACCGAGGAGGACUACUCCCUGGCACACUCGCGCUCUUCACCACUGUCCCCCCAUUCAUCCGAUCAGUACAACCGGCUCAUGGAACUCCUGCGCCAGCAGCACGAGAAGUGCCUGCAGUAUUCCCAGCAGUUCACACAUAUGAGCAACAUCACUGAGACCACCAGGUUCGAAAAGCUGGCGGAAGAAUGCAUGAAGAACAUCGAAAUCUUGAAAAAGGCCCACGGCAAGGGCUACCCUGUGCCCAGAUGCCACACAGAGGAGCGAACGUUCAACAUUGUGAAGAUCUUCCCAGAAUUGACCAGUAAUGAUAUGGUGUUGACCAUAGUUAAGGGGAUCAAUCUACCUGCUCCUGCCGGAGUUUCCCCGAGUGAUCUGGAUGCCAGCGUGCGCUUCGAGUUUCCCUUCCCCAGCUCAGAAGAGGCUCAGCGUGACAAGACCAGCACUGUGAAAAACACCAACUGUCCAGAGUUCAAGGAGAACUUCAAGUUGAACAUCAACAGGGGCCACCGGGGCUUUAAGAGGGUAGUUCAAACCAAGGGAAUCAAGUUUGAGAUCAUCCACAAGGGUGGGUUGUUCAAGACAGACAAGGUGGUGGGCAACGCGCAGCUAAAGCUGGACUCCCUGGAGACCCAGUGUGAGAUCAGGCAGUUGAUAGAUGUGCUGGAUGGGCGCAAGGCCACUGAGGGGCGCCUGGAGGUGCGGGUGAAAAUUCGAGAGCCUCUCGGGGGUCCGCAGCUACAAAGUAUUACCGAGCGAUGGCUGGUCCUGGACCCCCCCAGCAUGCCUCCGGCCCCUUCUCCCAAACCCAAACCUCAGAACGACCGUGUCAAAAAUGCGAAUUCCAGCCACUCCCCUCCCCAGUACAAGCUCCACAGCUUCAGCCUGCUCCAGUACGAGAAGGAAAAAAUUGAGAGGAAGAUCCACGAGUACAAGCAGAAGAAGCGGGAUCCUCCAGUGGAACUGCUACAGCAACACAAGGACAUCUCUCACCAAAUGCAGUGGCAGAAAGCUCAUCUGGACAGGGCGUCUCCCGCUCUCCUCGCAGAGUACGACAGAACGCUGCAGCAGCUCAUCCAGGACCUGAGUGGUACUGCAAGAAAGCUGUCCAGCCAGGGCAACAGGGAUGCUGCCAAGGUUGUUCUCAGCAAGAUAAAGAUGGUAGAGAAGGAGAUGGACACUCUGAGGAAGAAAUGCGCCAUGUGAGCUGAGACUGUGGUGUCAGCAUGGCGGGCUGCAGGGUGGCACCACGAGGCCCACUGGCAACACUACGCUGGGACACAGGGAUGAGCAAAGCACGUACACCCCCUAACACACUGAUGCACGCUCCUGUACGCAGUCCGUUUGUCCAAAACACCAGGAGCUGCUACACCCGGCACACCCUCCUGACACGCAGCAUAUUCUCUAACAGGCUCUACACACUUGUGUGCACUGACACACAGUGUUACACACAUUCCCGUGUUUCGACAUUCAGUACUACCUUGUGUCAGUGCUGAAGAGCUGUAUUUACUACCCUUAUCCUAACACUACCAUGGCUGAAGCCCUCAGCCAUUUAACUCAACUCAGAUCACAGCAGGGUGGCUGAAAGGGGACUAAGAUACGUGUAUUUUGCAUUAAAGUUCUUAACGCACUAGUAACGUAAAAGCUUUGCACAACAAAAUGUUGUUAAAAGAGUGCAAUUUUUGAACGAUGUUCCCCCCCACACACUUUCUUUAAGGAACUUUAAAGAAGCUAAAAUCAGAUAAAUUACUGCACAUGUUAAGUGGACUAAAAGGAGUGUUGCCCCUUUGGUGCCACUUACAUGACAGGCUGUGCUGGGUACUUUGACAGCGAACAAGAGGCACUGCCAGCAAACAUCAUGGCAUGACGGAUGGAUGGUGAGGAGGCUUCCUGACCUCAUAAUAAUGGAUUUUGCCUGAUAACCAUCAGGCCGUGCAGAAGGGAGGGAUUUAUCUUGAAGAGGUGACCUGAGUACAGCAUUCACCUCCUUAUGGCUUCUAUAAUCGGUAGCUUAUUGUUGAUCGGGCUGCAGAUUCACUCCUUUGACAUCUCCUUAUGUGGUCAGCGCCAGGCGCGGCGUUGCUACUCGACACCAAGUCCUUUCAUGCACACAAAAAUUAAGGUCUCACCUGAACCGGACCGCUCAGUCCCACACGGAUGGCGCAGCAGUUAUAAAACAGGAUUUAUGACCACAGGGUUUCUGGUUCAAAUAGCGGAGGGGGACUGUUGUACCCUCAGCCUAGGCUCUUAAUCUAAGCUGCUUCGCUGAAGGUUACAGCUGUAGUGCUGGGUCGAGGUAUAAAACUGUACGAAUCACUUAGUGUUGGCAAAUGGAACUGUGUAAAGAGAAAAGGGACAAAUACAUUCUGCGUAUUUACAGGUUACGGCUAGAUGGAUCAAAUAGGCCAAAUCUAUUGGAGGUGGAUGUGUCGUCUUUGAUCGGUACAGCACCCUCGAUAUAGAUUUCGCCAGCCGUUCGUUCACCGAUCACAAAUACGAAGGAGUAUUUGAAUCUGUCGUACAUUGCGGCUUUUAAAUGCCUCCUACUCAACAAAAUACAGGCUCCUGACAGGCGACGCUCCUUUGUAUAAAGCAAGUCCUCGCGGUGAAAAUAUGAAACUUGCGUGAUGCCAGUGUUUGGCACGAACAAAGAGUUCAUUGUACAAUAGGGGAAUUUGUUAGAAAGAGGUGGACAAAAGUGGAUGGGCUGGGCUCACAAACACUACUGUGAGAUUUUGCUGGGGGGGGGGGUAGGGGUUGUGAAGCUGUUGUUGGGGUUUUUUUUUUUUUUGUCAGGCCCUUUGACCCUUUGAGUCCAGCAGCCAGUAGCGGCAUCAGGAUUUUUGCACGAGCUUCACGCAAGUUUGUUCACCUGCGAAUGGCUAUUUUUUGAGGCCACAGCGUCGCCGCAGCGGUUUAACUGUCGUCCUUCGACGUCCCGCCUCUCAAAGACACAACACACACCCCUGACCCCAUCACCCCCACAGCUUCGCCAUGGCAACUGACUUAUCACCCUGAGUGAACUAUUAGGGGCAGGACUAUAUAUAGGCAUAGUGCAGAUGUUUAAAUAUGUAACUGUGGUUCUUAAAUGAUUCUACGCACAUUGUAUGGCUUUUGUGUACAUGCUAAUGACAUUCAUCACAGAUGUUAAUAUAUUACUGCUCAGGCGAUGGGAUUAUUUUUUAAAAAAGAGAAACUGUUGUUCCGUGGGUAAUGGCGUGAUGCAUUAUGACUUGUUUACUGCAGAACUGCAUCGUAAUUAUGAGAAAUGAGUAUAUUAAAAGAAAAGUUGAGAA